UCUUCAGUUCGUUUAUCGGGCCGAAAGCUACGGAGAGGCCGAAAGCCGAAACUUUUGAUUACCGUUAGAACGGAAAAUUCGCCGAACCCUCUGAAAUUCGAUUCGAAGCUCUUGACCCAAUUUCGAAUCUUAAGGUAAUACGAGUUCUGAAAUCGACAUAGAACCCUUCGCUUUGUUAACUCAUCUUUUCGAUCUCUUUUGAUGGAACCCUAAUUCGUUUUCGGAGUCUUUUCUGAUCUUGUUCCACUCUCUUGCUUUCGUUUCUCUGGAAAGGAAGGGGAGGAGGGAGAACCUGGGGAUUGUUCUCGCCACGAUAUGUCGUACGAUCUGAUGUUGAAGACGGCGUGUAGCGGCUGUGGAUCGCAGUCCGAGUUGUAUGGAAGCACCUGCAAGCACAUGACGCUGUGCUUGCAGUGUGGUAAAACCAUGGCGGAGAACAAAGGAAAGUGUUACGAGUGCGGUACCACCGUCACGCGCCUGAUUCGGGAAUACAAUGUCCGUGCUAGCCUGGCCAGCGAUAAGAACUACUUCAUUGGUAGAUUCGUGACUGGUCUUCCGAACUUCAAGAAGAAUGUUGAGAAUAAAUGGAGUCUUCGUAAAGAUGGAAUACAAGGUCGCCAGCUUACUGAUGCUCAACGGGAAAAGUUAAAGAAUAAACCUUGGGUAUUGGAAGAUGAAACCGGGCAGUUUCAGUUCCAGGGACAUCUUGAAGGUUCACAAUCGGCAACCUACUAUCUGUUAGUGCUGCAAAACAAGGAGUUUUUUGCAAUUCCGGCUGGUUCUUGGUUUAACUUCAACAAAGUUGCACAAUAUAAGCAACUUACUCUCGAAGAGGCAGAAGAGAAGAUGAAGAAUCGUAGAAAAACUGCUGAUGGCUAUCAAAGAUGGAUGAUGAAGACGGCAAAUAAUGGUCCUGCAGCAUUUGGUGAGGUGGACAAGUUUGACGACAAAGAGAGUGGUGGUGGAGGUGGUGGGAGGGGUCGUAAAAAGUCAUCUGCUGACGACGAUGAAGGUAAUGUAUCUGACAGAGGAGAGGAAGAUGAAGAUGCAGAGGCAGCAAGGAAGAGUAGGCUCGGGCUCAAUAAAAAGGAUCUUGAUGACGAUGAAGAAGGUCCAAGGGGCGGUGAUCAUGACAUGGAUGAUGAUGACAUUGAGAAGGGAGAUGAUUGGGAGCAUGAAGAAAUCUUCACUGAUGAUGAUGAAGCUGUGGGCAAUGAUCCUGAGGAACGUGAAGAUCUGGCCCCUGAAAUGCCUGCUCCUCCCGAAAUAAAGCAGGAUGAUGACGAAGAAAAUGAAGAAGAGGAGGGAGGAUUGAGCAAGUCUGGUAAAGAGUUGAAGAAGUUGCUUGGUAAAGCCAAUGGGUUGAAUGAUUCAGAUACAGAGGACGAGGAUGAUUCAGAAGACAUGGAUGAGGACAUGAAUUUGACGCCAGUGGCGGCUUCAAAGCAGAAGGAUGCAACAAAGGAAGAACCUGUUGAAAUGACUCCUCCAAAACCAGUGCCAUCAGGAUCUGCACGAGGAACACCCACUUCUACUAAACCAUCCAAGGGAAAGAGAAAACUAAACGAUGACGAUGGUAAAAAGUCCAGUGGCGCUGCUCAGAAAAAGGAGACGAAAUCUUCGGUGAAAGAAGAGAGGACAGCCCCGGUUUCGAAAUCAAGCGCAUCGAAAGCUGUGAAAACGGAAGCAAAUUCAUCAGUGGGAUCAUCGCUGUCAUCGACAGCCUCAAACGCAACAGGACCAGUGACUGAAGACGAAAUCCGAGCGGUUCUAUUGGAGAAGAAACAAGUCACCACACAGGAUCUUGUUUCUCGGUUCAAGUCAAGACUCAAAACCAAAGAGGACAAGAACGCGUUUGCAGAUAUUCUGAGGAAGAUCUCCAAGAUACAGAAGAACGCUGGGUCUCAGAACUUCGUCGUUUUGAGGGAGAAGUGAGUGUAGAUCUGAAAUGCAAAUCUCAAAACCUGUUGCUAUGUUAGUUCAAUUCUCCAUCUCAGCAAACCCGGUUCGGUUUGCUUGACCGGAGCUGAGGUCGAGCAUAUAUGAUAAUAAACCUGGUCUUGGUUUAAUCUCUAAUCACCGUGUGUUUUGUU